UUUAUUUUUUUUCCUCGUCUUCGUUUCUUUCUUCACUCGCUUUAAAGGCAACUGCUUAAAUGUGAACUUUUUGCCAAAUUAAGAGAGAAGCCAGGCCGCCACCACCACCACCCACCACCGCACCAACACCACCGGAGGGCGCCUCGCCGACGACCGGUGGUGAAAGGUUGAAGAAGCGUAAAGCCUUUUGUCUUCUUGAAAGAUGGGUCAGGGGCUGAGUUGUGCGACAAGUCAAGAGAAUGGAUUGUUUAGUGCAGUUCAAGUUGGAGAUUUUGAAACAGUUGAAGCUUUGUUAAAAAGAGACGCCAAUCUUUUACAUCAUACAACUGUUUAUGAUCGCCACUCUGCCAUUCAUAUAGCUGCUGCUAAUGGCCAGAUCGAGAUUUUGGCUAUGCUUUUGGAGAAAUCCAUGAAUCCGGAUGUAGUGAAUCGUCACAAGCAGACUCCACUUAUGUUGGCUGCAAUGCAUGGGAAGAUCUCCUGUGUGAAGAAGCUCAUUGAAGCCGGGGCAAAUAUCUUAAUGUUUGAUUCCCUUCAUGGAAGAACUUGCUUGCACUACGCAGCCUAUUAUGGUCACUCUGACUGCCUUCAAGCAAUCCUCUCUGCUGCUCAAUCUAGCCCUGUAGCUGUUUCUUGGGGAUAUGUAAGGUUCGUGAAUACAAGAGAUGCUAGGGGAGCCACUCCCUUGCACUUAGCAGCCCGUCAAAGACGGCCUGAUUGCUUACAUAUCCUGUUGGACAAUGGUGCUCUUGUUUGUGCUUCAACGGGUGGAUAUGGUUGUCCAGGAAGCACUCCUCUUCAUUUGGCUGCUAGAGGGGGAUCUCUUGAUUGCAUCCGCAAGUUGUUGGCAUGGGGUGCAGAUCGUCUUCAAAGAGAUGCAUCUGGGAGAAUACCAUAUGUAGUUGCUCUAAAGCACAAGCAUGGAGCAUGCGCGGCUCUGCUAAAUCCUUCAUCAGCAGAGCCUCUUGUCUGGCCAGCACCUUUAAAGUUCAUUAGUGAGCUCAAUGAGGAGGCAAAAGUACUAUUGGAACAGGCCUUAAUGGAGGCAAACAGGGAAAGGGAAAAGAACAUCCUGAAGGGAACAGCUUACUCACUUCCUUCACCCUCUCAUUCUGACUCUGGGCUAGAUGACAGUAUUUCUGAGGCGAGCGAUACCGAAGUAUGCUGUAUAUGCUUUGAGCAGAUCUGCACAAUUGAAGUUCAAGACUGUGGCCACCAGAUGUGUGCACAAUGCACUCUAGCCCUGUGCUGCCACAACAAGCCCAACCCCACGACUGCGAGUUUAACACCCCCAGUAUGCCCCUUUUGCCGAAGCACCAUUGUCCGAUUGGUGGUAGCCAAGAUAAAAAAUUAUGAUGAUACUGAUCAGGAUAUUGGUGACAUGAGUUCCUCAAAGGUGAGGAAAUUGAGAAAAUCAAGGAAUUUCUGUGAGGGAAGCAGCAGCUUCAAGAGCUUAUCCGCAGUUGGUUCAUUUAGCAAGAUGGGAGGCCGUGGCUCAGGAAGGAUUGCUGCAGAAAAUGAAUGGAUUGAUAAGCCUUGAAACUUGGGCGUUUUGGCAGCUCUUGCUAAUUAAAAUUUUCAAGCUGUCAAUCAAGGAUAUUCCCUUCUGCUUCAAUGGAAAAACAAAAAAACAAAAGGGGGCCAGAGAAAAAUCAAGCAAUUAUGGUGAGGACUGGACCCAUUUGGUAUAUAUAGGUAGAGGUCCAUUUGCUAUGUAGGUUUUGGGGGAAGGAAAUAAGCAAAGAAGUGAGUUGCAGGUUUGGGUUGGUAAGUUUGUUAAUAGCUGCGUGGGGUCCUAUUGUUGUAAUCUUUGUUUACUUGAGAUUGAAGUAGCACUGGUCUUCCUGAGGGGGCCUGUUAGAUGCCUGAAUUAGUAUUGAAAAAAAAAAUAACAAAAAGAAAAGGAAUUCUUUUUCUUC